AUGGCAUCGAUGAAGUUUGAUCUACCACUGCUGGAUUACAAGACGAGAUUUGCGCUGUGGCAAGUCAAGAUGCGGGCGAUUCUGGCACAAUCUUCGAAUCUUGAUGAGGCGUUGGAUGGUUUCAAAGAAAAAGGACAGAAGUCAUGGACCGCUGAAGAGAAGCAGAAGGAUCGUAAGGCUCUAUCUCUGAUUCAACUUCAUCUACAUAAUGAUAUUUUGCAAGAAGUGUUGCAGGAGAAAACUGCCGUAGAACUUUGGCUCAAGCUGGAAUCGAUCUGCAUGUCCAAGGAUCUAACCAGUAACAUGCACGUGAAGAUGAAGUUGUUCACGCACAAACUGCAAGAAGGUGGUUCCGUGAUGAACCACUUAUCGAUCUUUAAGGAGAUCGUUGCCGACCUAUUGUCGAUGGAGGAGACGUUCUUGUUUGUUUUUGCUGGUUGUGUUGCUGGUCGUGAUGAAUGGAUACUUGAUUCUGCAUGCUCGUUUCAUAUAUGCUCUAAUAGAGAUUGGUUCAGUUCUUACGAGUCUGUGCAGAGUGGAGAUGUCGUGCGUAUGGAAGAUAACAACCCACGUGAGAUCGUGGGUAUUGGCUCCGUUCAGAUCAAGAUGCAUGAUGGCAUGAUACGCACACUGAAAGAUGUGAGACACAUACUAGGGAUGCCCAAAAAUCUCAUCUCCCUCAGCACACUUGAUGCCGAGGGGUACCAACACUCCGGUUCAGGUGGACUGUGUAAGGUAUCAAAAGGCUCUCUUAUUUAUAUGAUAGGUGAUAUAAAGUCUACAAAGUUAUAUGUUCUUAGAGGAAGUACUUUACAUGGUUCCAUCACUGCUGCUAUUGUUUCUAAUGAUGAACCAAGUAAAACUAAUCUUUGGCAUAUGCAUCUUGGGCAUAUGAGUGAACUUGGUAUGGCAGAAUUGAUCAAGAGAGACUUGCUGGAUGGCUGCACUGUGGGUAAGAUGAAGUUCUAUGAGCACUGUGUUUUUGGUAAGCACAAGAAGGUAAAAUUCAAUGCAUCUGUUCAUAUCACCAAAGCUACACUUGAUUAUGUACAUGUUGAUUUGUGGGGGCCGUCUCGUAAGCCCUCUUAUGGUGGUGCUCGUUACAUGCUUACCAUUAUUGAUGAUUACUUUAGAAAAGUGUGGCCUUAUUUUCUGAAAAGUAAAGAUGAUACUUUUGCAGCUUUUAAAGAGUGGAAAGUUAUGAUAGAAAGGCAAACUUAA